GAGACUGACAUCAUUGCGGAAGAUGCCAAAAUCAUUUUCUUCUUCGCGUCAGAAGCAGCGAAGCGAAGCAGCUCAUCAGCUCAUCAGCCAUGCUCCCAUCAUGAGAUCACCUUGGUUUGGUUGCCACAAAAUCGUAGGUUGCCAAUACGAAUGGUACCAAUUCUCGUCAUCGGUGUAGGUUUCAUUAAAACAUCACAGUUAGUUUUCGAGCACGUUUCUUGCCAAAAGCAGCAGCUUCAGGACCAUUCCCCACAGUGGGAAAUUUGCAUCGCAAGAAGACGAACGAGCCAUCGAUCUACUAUACCGUAUCGAACUGGUGGUGCGUUCAGUGAUUCUCGAUUGAUUCCUGGCUACAACCAUCCGCGCAGACUCAGUUUUUCGAAAACCAUCCAACGCGAGAAGCACCAAAUACAAUCCACACACGAUGCUACCAUCUUCCUUGGUAGCGCUGCUAUCGUCAGCAGCAAUCCUGUCAUUCAUGGCCGGCCCAACUUUGGGUGCUACCGACUUCAUUGACUGCAACAGUCCUUGUAAUGGUGGAGACGCCAACUAUGAAUUGACAGCUAGUAUACGCACCAUGCCAAUGAUGAACUAUACAUACAAGGGGCGAACUUACAGUCGAGAAGGUGAUGAUACAUUCAUGGGUCCUACCAUGCGAGUGGCUCCUGGUCAAUCCUUGUGGAUCAAGCUCCGCAAUGAAAUACCAAUGGAUCUGAACCCCAAACAAGUGGAGAUUGAAGAAUACUGGGAAAUGCUCAAGAAACCAGGGGAGAAAAUCAAGUAUCAGUACUACAAGGAACCUGUUUCCAAACCAGAAUACAUGAAGGUUGAUCAUCCCAACAUUCCACAUAAUUUUGAUGCCACCAAUUUGCAUCUACAUGGGUUGGAUGUCGAAGUGCACAUGUUUGAUCCCGUCAACACACACAAUCCCGAUGCCCCACAUAUAUCCAUUGAGCCUGGCCAGUGUUAUUGCUACAGAUUCAACGUCCCCCACCAUCACCCCGGUGGCAUGUACUGGUACCAUCCUCAUUUGCACGGAUCAACAGCACUCCAAAUGUGGGGCGGUAUGCUGGGAGUGUUCUAUGUUGAUGGUCCCUUGGAGGACGAAAUGGCAGCUUUUGGGGUUUCCAAUGUCCAUGAAUUUGUUAUUUGGGAUCCGGCCUUGCGGGCUGUACACAAUGAACCCAGUCACAAUCUCGAAGUGGACCGCUUCUUGUUGGGACAAACCACACUCAGUAAAAUCCAUCCCUUCUUGGUCAAUGGAAAAUACAAUCCCACCUUCACCACUGCUGCCGGACAAGUCUUGUGGUUAAGAUCCUUGUGUGCCACUGUGGAAAAUGAAAACACAUUUAUCGUCUAUCGUCAAGGUGAAGAAGACCAACCUUGGGAUGAUGCUGCAAUUCCUUUUUGGGUUGUUGGCAGUGAUGGAGUGACAUACCAGAAACCACAACAAAAGCAUAUUCUUGUCAUGGCUGGAGCGCAACGAGAAGAGAUUCUACUUCAGUUUGAGGAACCAGGGACCUAUGUGAUUAGUCAACAAGGCAUUGAAGGAAUGCAAUUUUUUGACAUGUAUGGGCAUCCACAUAAUCAAAUCUUGGCCACCAUUGUGGUCCAUGAGCUGGAAGCUGAGAAGUCCUCCCUGCUACCCAACAAACCCAUUACAGACAUGCGAUUCACACCUGGAUACGAUCCUGGUGAAGAUAUCCAAGCGCAUGACAUCGCCAAGACUGAAACCAUAGUCUUCACAAUGGGUGCAAAUCGUGACCAGGCACCCUUCCCACAGUACUAUGUCAAUGGCAAAUCCUUUGCACCAGACCGGAUUGACUUUUUUGCCCAUCCUGGUGAGGCUGUCGAAUACAUUCUCAUCAAUGGCAAUCACAAUGUGCAUCCCUUUCAUAUCCAUGUCAAUCGAUUUCAAAUACAGGAAAUGGGAUCAGAGCUAUCUACAGAAACGUAUCCUGUCUUAAAGCAUGUCAUGGAAUUUGACCCUUCUGUUUGGCGGGAUACAGUUGUUGUCCCUCCCAACGGGCGAGCAAGGAUAUGGGUUCAAUACAAGAAUUAUACCGGCAAAACAGUCUUUCAUUGUCAUUUUUUGGCGCAUGAAGAUACAGGCAUGAUGUCUACCCUCUUUAUUGGCCCACCUGAUUAUGUCUUUCGGUUGGAGGAGAAUUUGCCUCUUCUAAUCGGUGUGGCAGUUGGAAUGGUGUUUGCUGGAGUAAUCUUUGUGGUGAUGGGUUGUAGAAAUGGUGACCAACAGACAGUGUAUCGACCUGUGGCAACCAUGAAUGAACUCAAGGUGAAGGCACAGGACUGAGAAGGGUUCCAAGGAGGAUGUCCCAUUGACUGAUGAGAUAGCUAGGAAGCAAAUAAUGUGGCACAAUGAGGGAGCGGCCAUUUUGGUGCUAACUCGUUUGUUUAGCCUCAGUUGAACGGAAACCAUGCUGUUCAAUGCGUCCCACACCGCUACCACUAAUUCUUAGUUAGAACAAGGAAAGCCGUGUUCUCUCAGCUCGACUCUGACUCGACUUUUUCCGUGU